AAGGGAUGCAACGGCAUGGUGACGAUGAAGGAGCACAAGGGCGAUGGGACCGUGCAAACAAGAUAGCAAAGUGCUGUCUUGAUGUCUACCAAAGCCUUCCCGCUCGUGGAGCGAAGCCCGCUAUUCGGAGCGAUGGCAAAUGGGAGUGGACGAUCCUUGCAGGCGUUGUUCUUUGCAUCGCUUCGGAGGAUGGAGAGGUGUGCUAUAUUCCGAUAUCCAUUGCUACGGGCGUCAAAGCCUUGCCGUACGAUGAUCUCUCGAUCCAUGGAGAUGUGCUCCACGACUGCCACGCCGAGGUUCUCGCUAGGCGCAUCGCUCGGGCCUGGCUGCUCCAGCGGCUGGUCCACGAAGUCUUGCGUACCCGUGGGAGGUCUGACAUGUUGAAGACGACAACAAACUCCGACAAAAGAAUUCCGUUCCUCUUUCAAGAAGAACAGACAAAGUACCAACAACCGAGAUGGCGACUCAGAGAGGACAUCGUGUCCCUUCACCUCUACUGCUCGACGCUACCCUGUGGCGAUGCCUCCAACGCAAUGGUCCUGCAACGAAGGCAGGCUCUUGACGGCGACAACAAGGAUGAUGGGCCGGUCCGAAGCACCGGUACAGCGGCCAACUCCAUUGCUUCUACGGGCCCAAUUCGCGGCCGAUCGACGCUGAGCAUGACAGAGACGAGUCUGCGAACUAAACCAGGUCGUCCCGACUCGCUGCCCUCUAUCUCAAUGUCAUGCACAGACAAGAUCUGUAUGUGGGCGCUGUGCGGCCUCCAGGGCUCGUCACUCUCGCGUUGGCUCGAGCCCGUUCGCUUCGCCAGUAUCAUCGUCAGCGACGAAGCGCUUCGUUCGGUCAAACUCUCUUCUAGCGCGUCGCCGUCGGCCGACGAGGGCUGGACACAAGAAGACCGAGACGAGGCAUCGGCAAGGUGCACUGAGAUCCUCAGCGCCAAGAUCGACCCACGGAGAGCGCCAAUCCCCCAAAUCAUCUUUUCAUCAGUGCCGUUUCCACACUCUCGAGAAAGCGUCGAAGUGGCCGUCACGGGAGCCAACCCGAACGCAAACAUUCGGGGUGCGGCCUCGGACGAUCUUGACCUGGUGCCUGCUCCUGGCUCGAUUGCAUACAUGGCCGGCGCAACCCGACACGAAAAUCUCGUUGAGGGGCGGAAGCAGGGUGCAUCGACAAAGCGGCGACCCGGAGAGGCCCUGCGACCUUCGACGCGCUCGGCGUUUUGCAAGCUCGAAUGGUUCAAUGCCUGUUCCAGCGCUGUCGACGAUCUGGAUCGAGGCAACGGUGGCGAGCGAGAAGGAUCAGCGACGUAUCAUGCGUCGAAGCACGAUAUGUCCAGCGUCGGCGUGGAAGCAUAUAGGCGCACCAAGGAACAGCUGCGCGGCUACAGAGACGGCGACGUAAGGGCGAAGCACAUUGUCGAUGACUUUCUCGCGCAGCAUCGUCCAAUGUCAACGCAGCAUGGUUUGAACAGCGGCGGAGCACCAGAGAGGCGCAGUAGUUGUGGAGAGAGAGCUCUUGGCGUGAGCAAGGAGACAGACGACGUGUCGCCAUUCCACGGCUGGCUUGUUUCGGGAAGUGCCUUUGAACUCUUUGAUCGGCAGGGAAGGAGCAAGGUCAUUAAAGAUUAGGACCAUACUGUAUAGUACAUUACAUCCAGCAAAGAGUCAAUCACCGAACAAUGCGCACCACUGACUUUCAGAGGAGC